UCACGUCUCUCGCUCUCGCGCCGAAUCCCCGCGUCACGAGACUAAACCCGGCGCGGAGAAUAAAAGUAGGGGAAGUGCAGGGAUCGCGCGCGCGAUGCUCGUGCGCCGUGCCCAGUGCCGCUCUUGGUCGCCGUCAUUCUCGACACGCCGCGUCGGCUCGCCACAUCGCACGCACCGCACAUUCAAAAGUAUUCAACUACGCCAGCAUUACCCAUUUUGAUUUUGAUCAAUUCACCGGAUUUAAAAACAUACAGUGUGUGCGCGGGGAAUACAAUACAAAAUACAACUUAAACGUGUAGUGUGUGUGUUUAAUUAGUGAUUAAAAACUUGAAAAAUCAAAAAAAAAGAAAAACAAAAUAAUUUGCUUCUCAAUUGAGAGAAGUGAAAAACACGUGUGUUGUUUGUAUUUGUGUGCAUUGUGUGCGCAGGGUGCACGCCCUGCCACUGGACAAGGCGGCAAGAUUCGCGUCAAAAAUCGAGAACCGGUGCCGGUCUACGCCAUGGAAAUGGAACGGGACAGGGAGCAGGAGCAGGAACGCGACAGUGAUAUCGGCGAAGAGAGUCCAGUGUCAAAUCAUGAAGAAGAAAUGAGUGAACCGGAAUCAACCGGAAAUCAUGAAGAUGUUGACAGUAGUGAUGAACUGCGACGACACAACAGCCUCCUGGCUGAUCACGGUGAUGUCCUCGCCAAGCUCAAGAUGCAAGUGCGCGACAUAAAGGUAGGGGAGGAUUUCGACCCGUCGCGUCUGCCCUUCCCGCUGAACAACCGCAGUGAUGGCUUCCAACUGCCAGUACCAUUUCCGUUCCCCCACCCGGCGGCGGCGUUCCUUCCGCCAAUGGCGCCGCAGCAGACGACAGCGCCCUCAUCGGGUAGCUCACACUCUUCGGAAGGCAGCAAUGCCUCCUCACAACACACCUGGUCCUUUGAGGAGCAAUUCAAACAGGUGCGUCAGCUGUACGAAAUCAACGACGAUCCCAAACGCAAAGAGUUCCUCGACGAUCUUUUCUCCUUUAUGCAGAAGCGAGGCACACCAAUCAACAGGCUGCCGAUUAUGGCGAAAUCAGUAUUAGAUCUCUACGAAUUGUAUAAUCUAGUAAUCGCUCGCGGGGGACUCGUGGACGUCAUCAACAAGAAAUUAUGGCAGGAAAUUAUCAAAGGCCUGCAUUUACCCUCCUCGAUCACAUCGGCGGCUUUCACGCUUCGCACACAAUACAUGAAAUAUUUAUAUCCAUACGAAUGCGAGAAGCGGCGUUUGAGCACACCGGCUGAAUUGCAGGCGGCCAUUGAUGGUAACAGACGUGAAGGACGUCGCAGUAGUUAUGGACAGUAUGAGUCUGUGCAGAGAUCUCCAAAUCCAUCACAAAUGUCUCCACUGUCGCUGGUAUCACAACAGCAGCAUCUAGCUGCCCGAAUGAAUUCGGUUAUGAGUGGCGGAAUCAGUCUUCACAAUGGCGCACAUCAUCCCAGCCAUCCGACACCUUUGGGACAACCGAUGAACGCAGGUCCUUUGCCCGGUUUAGCGCCCAGUGAGUUCGAGGCGCGGAUGAUGGAGUAUGUGAAGUUGUUAAACAAGGAAAUCAGAAGUUCGGCGUCAACGCCGCCAAGGCAAGGUGAUCUCUCACCACCGAUUGCCACAUCACCUUUGAAUCCACUCGAGAUGUCCCGAAUGACAUUGUGGAAUCUGUAUAAUAAUAAUCAACCGCCGUUGGAGCCACAAAAGGAGGCUCUGAACUUGUCGGAUGCGUCGCCGCCGAUGAUCAAACGCGAGCCUGAGCAUCGAGAUUCUCCGCCACCAGCCAAAAAGUUCAUCAAAGACAGCAAUGAUCAUCCUGCUAAGAUGAUGGCACCCAGUACAAACAUCAAAAUUAACAGUCGAGGUGAUGCUCGCAAUGGUGACAAUUCUUUGGUGGUCAGUAUGGAGCUGAAUGGCGUCACAUACCAGGGAGUUCUCUUCGCACAAGCAGCCUCAACGCCGAAUAUAAAUAGCACAGGGCGGACGGUGGUGGCAUCGUAAAUGUUUCCUAUGUACCCAUCAUCAUCCUGAUCAUCUUAAUCAUAGUGUUUAUAUUUUACAAUUCGUGCCGAUUUUCAUGGAAACAUGUCUAGAUAGGGUAUUACUGACGCUUCACGUUUGUUUUCUUCGAGAAUGGUUCGUGCUUCAAGGACGCGUCAACACCGACACAGAUUUGUUUACUUUUAUUUAUUGAAAAAUUAUAUUUGGUGUUUGACAAUCCGAUAGAAGUCACACAUCGCUUUUAUCACCUUCAUACCGACUAAAUGUUUAAUACUAGAUAUUUCUAAUUUUAAGUGAUCAGUGGUUAUAUAUGUUAUGCACAAGUAAAUUGUAGGACGUAUGAAAGUAGUGAAUGUUGAGCGUUAUGUAGCUUUUUUGUAGUAUGUCUUAAGUUCUGACAGGAGAUCAGAAUACAAAAUGCCAGUUUGUACAUGUAUAUUUAUUUUUGCAUUAGAUAGUUGGAAUAUUUUUAACUUAACUUUUAAACUUAUACUCUAAUACUGUAAUCGAAUGUUAUGACAUCAGAAACAACGCAUAACUAGUGUAGGUAAUCGUAUCAUAUUAGUGUCCUGUUCAUUGUUCCGAAUUUUUCAGUAUUUUCCCCUUUGAUUUAACACGUAGUAUGUGUGUGUGUGUCGUGCUGAACAAUGAUUUUAUUGUGAAAUCAGUUACGAGCGACUGAUUUAGUUUAAACAUAGUGUUGUAGGCGUCAUCCAUAGAAGCGUAAUGGAAUUGUAAAUAGUUAAAAGUUAUUUGUCUAUGGAUCCUACUUUUAUUAUGACUACAAAUUGCAAUUAGGAGCUUAUUGCAUGUUAAUACUUGAGAAAGGAACCAUAUCAUUGUAGUAUGGAGGCAAUCUAAAUGUUGUUCAAUUCAAAACUAAGCAGCGGUUAAUGUGCGUAUUUACUUAAUUAAUAUAUUGCGACGAAGCUGAUGCGGUAGCAGUUUUGCUAUGGAACGAACCGAGGGUAUUUACUGGUUUUGGACGAAACAUUUUAAACAAUAUUUUGUACCAAAAAGACUGUUAUUUUAUUGAAUUUUAUUGAUAAUUGUGACUUAUUUAAGAGGUACGCCUAGUUACUACACGAAACAAAACUAACUAUCUAAAUGCAUUACUUACUACUUUCUUCGUUCUUUACGAAAUAUUAUUUGAAUUUAUAAUUUAAUCAUUAUUAAGCAUAGUCUUAUCAUAAAGAUAAAACAAAAGAUACACAUGUUGUAAUGAAUCUUACAAACAACAAUUUGUAGCAAUAUUAGAUUUAUGGUAUUAGUGUUAUGCGUUUCUUUUUUCACUGAUAAUUAGAGAAAGUAUAAGAAGGAGAAAAAAGUAAUAUUGAAGUAAACUUAUGUGAAGGAGGAAAACUAAGCUGUACAUUAUUUCAUUGUUCCAAUUUUAAAUAAUAAUGCGUAAAUGAUAUAUGGAAACCACAUUCGAUUUGUGUGGAAUGUCGUUUCAAUAAAUAUUUAAUACAUUAAAGUGAAAUAUAAAACUGAA